CACAUUUUUGUUUUCUCUUGACGUUGUUGUGUAGAAGAGUAUAAUCGCAGGGCGAGAACCAACGAACGAAAGAAAGAGAAGGGUGAAGAAGAAACAUGUUGAGGGUUGCAGCAAAGAGGCUUUCGUCUCUCUCCUCCUCUCCGUGGAGGGCCAACCACGCCGCCUCCGCAGUUCUCUCUCGGAACCCCGUUGCGCCGUCCCUUUCCACAGAGGAGCACAGAUCCGACCCGUUUUCUCUCCGAACCGAAUUCUUCCUUCCCAUCAGAGGUUAUGCUACUGAUUCUCUGUUCCACCCUAAAGAAAACAGCCUUAUUCCUGAAAUUCCUGCAACUGUUGCGGCUGUUAAAAACCCUUCUUCUAAGAUUAUAUAUGAUGAACACAACCAUGAACGAUUUCCUCCUGGUGAUCCAAGCAAAAGGGCAUUUGCCUACUUUGUCCUAACUGGUGGUAGGUUUGUUUAUGCCUCCUUGAUUCGUCUCCUUGUCCUCAAGUUUGUGCUCAGCAUGUCAGCAAGUAAGGAUGUUCUUGCCCUGGCUUCACUUGAAGUUGAUCUCUCCAGCAUUGAGCCAGGCACUACUGUGACUGUUAAGUGGCGGGGAAAACCAGUGUUCAUCAGGCGCAGAACAGAAGAUGAUAUUAAGCUGGCAAACAGUGUUGAUAUUGCAUCUCUUCGUGAUCCCCAGCAGGACGCUGAGAGAGUAAAGAACCCUGAGUGGCUUAUUGUGGUUGGGGUGUGCACACAUCUGGGUUGCAUUCCCUUGCCAAAUGCUGGUGACUUUGGCGGAUGGUUUUGUCCAUGCCAUGGUUCCCAUUACGAUAUUUCCGGCAGAAUUAGGAAGGGACCGGCACCAUACAAUCUAGAGGUACCAACUUAUACCUUCUUGGAGGAAAACAAGUUGAUGAUUGGUUGAAAACCUUGGAUUGGUUCUAAGUGGAAUGAGUCCACAAUUUUUUUGAUUUAUUGGAUAAUGUCGAAAUGUGCCAUGGAUAUCUUUGGUCAUGGACUUCUCAUAUUUUAUGUUUAGCAAGUGUUAUGUAACUCGGAAAUUUGAGUAUUACUGCUUUACGAGACUUGUAUCAAUAAUCGCCUGACUUUUUUACUUCUAUGGAUGUUCAAAGUCUGAUGCCAUCAGGCAUAUGCAUUGUAUUUUUCAUAUCAUGAAUAACAUUUGGAGAUCUGCUUAGCAA